GGGCCCUAUAUCGCGGUCCACGACUUAUGUCUGUCUGUCGGUCCCCGAGAGACGCUGGGGUUACUUGGGCCCAACGGUGCGGGGAAAACCACCACGUUGAGGAUCAUGCAAGGUGAGCGGGCGGGCUCGGGCAGUGUGUUGGUGUGCGGUGUUGAUCUGGCCGCCGAGCCCUCCCGAGCCGCGCAGCUGGUGGGCAUCUGCCCCCAACACGACGUGCUGUGGCCCUCGUUGACUGGCAUGGAGCACGUGAGGCUCUUCGGCAGGAUAAAAGGAUUACGAGGCUCAGCGCUGGAGGCGGCAGUGGCUGGCGGUCUGGACGAGGCCGGCCUGCGGGAUGUAGCCGAUCGGCCGGCAGGGUGCUACAGCGGCGGCAUGCAACGCCGCCUGAGCGUCGUGUGCGCGCUGGUGGGCUCCCCGCGGGUGCUGUACCUGGACGAGCCUUCCACAGGUCUGGAUCCGGCCUCCCGGAGGCUGCUGUGGAAGGCAGUUCUGGCCGCCAAGCGCCGCUGCGCCAUCGUCCUGACCACCCACUCGAUGGAGGAGGCUGAGGCGCUCUGCGACCGCCUGGGGCUGGUGGUGGGCGGAUGUCUGCGCUGCAUCGGCAGUCCGCAGCAGCUGAUGGCCAGAUAC